GUGUCUCUCAGAUAGUAAAUAAUCCUGGAAAGGCAAGGAAGACGCUGUCUCCAUUUUGUCUGUAUCGGCGGAUCUUGCGACCCUGUGGCAAUGGGGAGCGUUCUGGGGCUGUGCUCUAUGGCGAGCUGGAUACCAUGCUUGUGUGGUAGUGCCCCGUGUUUACUGUGCCGAUGCUGUCCUAGUGGAAACAACUCCACUGUAACUAGGUUGAUCUAUGCACUUUUUUUGCUUGUUGGAGUAUGUGUAGCUUGUGUAAUGUUGAUACCAGGAAUGGAAGAACAACUGAAUAAGAUUCCUGGAUUUUGUGAGAAUGAGAAAGGUGUAGUCCCUUGUAAUAUUCUGGUUGGCUAUAAAGCUGUAUACCGUUUGUGCUUUGGCUUGGCUAUGUUCUAUCUUCUCCUCUCUUUACUAAUGAUCAAAGUGAAGAGCAGCAGUGAUCCUAGAGCUGCAGUGCACAAUGGAUUUUGGUUCUUUAAAUUUGCCACAGCAAUUGCAAUUAUUAUUGGUGCAUUCUUCAUUCCAGAAGGAACUUUUACAACUGUGUGGUUUUAUGUAGGCAUGGCAGGUGCCUUUUGCUUCAUCCUCAUACAGCUAGUCUUACUUAUUGAUUUUGCCCAUUCGUGGAAUGAAUCAUGGGUAGAAAAAAUGGAAGAAGGGAACUCGAGGUGUUGGUAUGCAGCCUUAUUAUCAGCUACAGCUCUGAAUUAUCUGCUGUCUUUAGUUGCCGUUGUCCUGUUCUUUGUCUACUAUACUCAUCCAGCCAGUUGUUCAGAAAAUAAGGCAUUCAUCAGUGUCAACAUGCUGCUCUGCAUUGGUGCUUCUGUAAUGUCUAUACUCCCAAAAAUCCAAGAAUCACAACCAAGAUCUGGCUUGUUACAGUCUUCAGUAAUUACAGUCUACACAAUGUAUUUGACAUGGUCUGCUAUGACCAAUGAACCAGAGACAAAUUGCAACCCAAGUCUACUAAGCAUAAUUGGCUACAAUACAACAAGCACUAUCCCAAAGGAGGGGCAGUCAGUCCAGUGGUGGCAUGCUCAAGGAGUAAUAGGACUAAUUCUCUUUUUAUUGUGUGUGUUUUAUUCAAGCAUCCGUACUUCGAACAAUAGUCAGGUUAAUAAACUGACUCUAACGAGUGAUGAGUCAACAUUAAUAGAAGAUGGUGGAGCCAGAAGUGAUGGAUCAAUGGAGGAUGGUGACGACGUUCACCGAGCUGUAGAUAAUGAAAGGGAUGGUGUCACUUACAGUUACUCCUUCUUUCACUUCAUGCUUUUCCUGGCUUCACUUUACAUCAUGAUGACUCUUACAAACUGGUACAGGUAUGAGCCCUCUCGUGAGAUGAAAAGUCAGUGGACAGCUGUCUGGGUGAAAAUCUCCUCCAGUUGGAUUGGCAUUGUGCUAUAUGUUUGGACACUAGUUGCACCACUUGUUCUUACAAAUCGUGACUUUGACUGAAUGGGACUUCUGGCGUGAAAGUCCCACUUUGGUCAUUGCUUAUUCGAAAUUAACAGUAUUCCCAACUUCUGUAAAGUUGUGUAUGUGUGUGUUUCCCAUGUAACUUCUCAAGUGUUCUGGCAUGAUUUAGAUUGUACCGUUUGCCAUUUUAUUCAUUAUUUUCUUGCCAAGUGCACUGAUGUGUGAAUUAGAAUUAAUUGAAAAGGGAGAGUUUUAUGAGUAUGGUGUUGAGUUAGGAAAAGUGGACAUUGUUAGGCUUAUCCUCUGCUCUGUACCUGUGAAAUUGAGUAAAAACGAAACUGCUUGGCACUCUGAUUUUAAAAUUACAUUAGACUAUCUGCUGUUUUAGAAACCGUAAAAAGCAAAUGCAUGGCUGCCUUUUGAAAUAUUUGUUGCAUUGCUUAUAGGAGACUGUAAAGAUCAUGGCUAUUCUAAAACCAUGUAAAUAAGUCACUUAAAUGCCAGCUGUCUCAAAAACCUUGUCAGGUUUUCUCCUUGAUAUGAAGCUAAAGAACUUACACAGGUUGAGAUUAUUCGAUGGCCAACAGUAUGAUAUAGAUGGAAGAUGAGGCACAGAUCCUUCAAAGAAAGUCAGAUUGGUGGUGGUGGGCACUAAUUAAAUACCCAAUGAGAUUGUCGUCUUCCUUGAGUAGAGAUGGCCUUCACCAACAAAAUGAACUCUGUUUUGGUCAUUAUAAACCCAUGCUAAAGUAUGGGUUCAAUGGAGAUGUUAGGAACUCAGACAAGUUUUGAAAAGGAUAAUCAUGGUUAGAAGGAAGUUGUUGAAAAUCACUUUGAAAGUAAGUCCAAAGGUGGUAAACUUUUGGCAGGGUUGGAAGAAUGCAAAAUAGUAGGCUUCAGUAGGUACUUUGAUAAAAUCUAGUCCAGUUCUGUCAUUUUAAAAAUGAAGAAACUGAAGCAUAGACAUAAAUAGCUCAAGUAGCUAAUUAGUGAUAAAUCUGGGAAAUUCCAAGUCUGCCAAAAAUAGCUAGCAUUCUGACAUUCAAAAAUAAUUUCUAUUCAGAAUACAUGCCUAAUUGAUUUUAUACUUCAUUAGUGGUAGAUAAUUUAUGUUGAUGUGGAUUGCUGGUGUCCAGCAUGCCUUUUGCCAGUAAACUAAGGGAAGGAGAAUAAUGGAAUGUUGUAGAACAAACUCCUUCUUACACUACACUGCAUAGUUCAAAGGAUGUUUAAAAAAAAUGCUUUUGUAUUUACUGCCAUGUAAUUGAAAUAUAUAGGUUUAUAAUCUUUCAACAUGAAAAUCAAAGUUGACAUAAGAAACUCUUAGUUAUUUGUGUCUUUAGUGUCUAAUGAAGCUGUAAAGUCUACAUUUGCUUCUUUAAAAAUAUUUAUUAAUGUAAAUGAAGUGUAACAGUUCAACUUAAUUCCCCAACCUUAUUUAGUGUGUUGAUAUUGUAUUCUACAGUUUUGAAUGGCUGUGUUCUCUCUCAAUAAAUGAAUUCAGAGAAAA